CAGACACGCCGCACCCAACGCAACUCGAAUUCCCCACCGCCCGCCGCCGCCGCCGCCGUCGCCGCUGCUCCGCCGUCGCAGCGCCAUGCUCCACCUCCGAAAGCGCGUCCUCUCUCAUCUCCUCUCAGCCGCGCCCUCUCCUUCCACCUCCCCACUCCUCUCUCUCCACCGCCUCCUCUCCGCGGCCGCGGCUGCCAUUUCUCCGAACCCUAGCUUCGCUGUCGAGGGCUACCUCGUCGACGCCUGCGGCCUCACCCGUGCCCAGGCACUCAAGGCCUCCGCCAAGCUCUCGCACCUCAAGUCCCCCGCCAACCCCGACGCCGUCCUCGCCUUCCUCGCCGGCCUCGGCCUCUCCGGCGCCGAUGUGGCGGCCCUCGUCGCCAGGGACCCGCGGUUCCUCUGCGCCGGCGUGGAGAUAACCCUGGCCCCCGUGGUCGCUGGGCUCACCGGCCUCGGCCUGUCAAAUGCCGAGACUGCGCGCCUCGUCUCGCUUGCCCCCGACAAAUUCCGCCAGAGAUCCGUCGUCUCCAAGCUGGAGUACUACCUGCCGCUCUUGGGCUCCAUCGACAACUUGCUCCGGCCGCUCAAACACGGCUCCGGCUUCCUCGCCUCCGACCUCGACAGGGAUGUCAAGCCCAAUGUGAAGCUCCUAGCAGAGUGCGGGCUAGGUGCUUGUGAUAUUGCCAAGCUGUUCAUCCAAAUACCGACGAUCAUCACCGCCAGCCCAGAGCGCGUCCUGGAGAUGGUCGCGUCCGCUGAACGUAUAGGUGUGCCCCGUGCCUCUGGGAUGUUUAGGCAGGCGCUGCAUGCUGUCGCAUAUCUCAGCGAGGAGGAGAUUGCCGCCAAAGUAGAACAGUUGAAGAAGAUAUUAAGGUGGUCAGAUGCCGAGGUUCGCAUUGCUGUGCCCAAGUUCCCGGCUGUGCUGAGGCGGUCAAAGGACAUGCUGCAGCUCAAGUCCGAGUUCCUCUUCUCUAAGGUGGGGUUGGAACCGGUGCGCAUUGCUCACUGGCCCGUAAUGCUCAGUCUUAGCCUGGAGGGCCGGCUCAAGCCCCGGUACUAUGUUAUGAGGUUUCUUAAGGAAAACGGGUUGCUAAAUCAUGACAGAGACUACUAUAAUAUGGUGGUGGCCAGCGAGAAGGUAUUUGUGGAGAAGUUCAUAUGCCCUCACGAGCAAGCUGCACCACACAUUGCUGAAGACUAUGCAACCGCUUGCACAGGGGAGGUGCCUGCUAGAUUCAGAUUUACAUGAACCAAGAACAGGCUAUGAAAAUUGGUAGCUGCGUGUGCAACAACAGAAUUUCCACUCAUCGUAUUAAGCUGGGCCUGUUGAUAGUUGACCGACGCCAAUUCAGUGAAUGUCAGGGCUUCAGCUGAGUUAUUGACCGACGCCAACUCUGUUACAGUACGACCUGCUCAUGGUAUGAAGAGCGCUUCAUUGAUGGUUUGUAGUUUCCUCCUAUGUACCAGAUCAGAUUUUGUUGAUAAACCUGAUUUUCCUGAGCUUAUAAUCCUGAUUCUGAUUCCUCAAAAAAAAAAAGUCCUGACUCUGUCAAGCGAAGCAUGUCUUAUUGUGUUUUGGGUUUGCCUCACCCUCACACUAUUUGAAAUAUUUCUUUUUCUUAAGUUUUACAAAUGUAUUUUCUGGCGAGCGAGCGGCAACAGAGGUAGUGAAUUGUGCUCUCAAAAUGAAAUCUGCAAUGGUCAG